CAAAAACAAAUAAAAUUGAACAAAACAAAACAGAAACGGAUAUUUGACAAAAUUAAAAACAAAAAUAACAAUGGAAAACGAUCGAACAUGGCCCCUAAAAAUUAGGGUUUAUUAUGGAAAUAUCGAACAUAAAAAUGAUGAUGAUGAUGUUCUCAUUCGUGUACGUGGUGAUUAUUCUAUCGGUAAUUUGAUGGCUUUGAUUGGACAACAAAUUGGUGCACAACAUGAUUGGUCAGAUUAUGCACUGUGGUGGCCAACAAAAAAACGAUGGCUAAAAAAUUGCCGUAUGACAAUGGACCAAGUGGACGUGUGUGCCAAUACGAUCCUGGAAUUUCGACAAAUGCAUCAAACACUAAGGAUACAAUUUCCUGAUCUGAAUAUUCAAGAAUUAAAAAUUGAUUUCUCCGUCAAUGUAUUGCAAGCUGUGGCAAAAUUAUGUCAAAUAAUCAACAUUAGUCAUCCAGAAGAAUGGUCAUUUGCAAGACCAUUGACAAAUCAUGAAUUAAAACGUAAUGAUCAUCAUAACCAUCAUAAUCGAUAUUUACAAGCAAGUCCAUUGCAAAGGUUUCCAUCAACAACAACAACAUUAUCUCGAUAUAAAACAACAACAACGAAUAACAACAACAACAACAACAAUAUC